AGCCAGCGAGGAUCAAAAGUUUCAGCAAAGAGACUCAGGAGAAAUGGCCCUGGUACCCUAUGAGGAGAGCAUGGAGAUAGGGCUCCAGAAAUUCCAUAAGCCUCUCGCCACCUUCUCUUUUGCAAACCACACCAUCCAGAUCCGUCAGGACUGGAGGCAACUGGGAGUCGCGGCAGUGGUUUGGGACGCGGCCAUCGUUCUUUCCACGUAUCUGGAGAUGGGUGCCGUGGAGCUCAGGGGCUGCUCUGUUGUGGAGCUGGGUGCUGGCACAGGGCUCGUGGGCAUAGUGGCUGCCCUGCUGGGUGCUCAUGUGACUAUCACGGAUCGACAAGUAGCAUUAGAGUUUCUUAAGUCAAAUGUUGAAGCCAACCUACCUCCCCAUAUCCAACCCAAAGUUGUUGUUAAGGAGCUGACUUGGGGACAGAAUUUGGAAAGUUUUUCGCCUGGAGAAUUUGAUCUCAUUCUUGGCGCUGAUGUCAUUUACUUAGAAGAUACCUUCACAGAUCUCCUUCAAACCCUGGGACAUCUCUGUAGCAGCCGCUCUGUGAUUCUUUUAGCUUGCAGAAUUCGCUAUGAACGGGACAAUAACUUCUUAAUGAUGCUGGAGAGGCAGUUUACUGUGAAUAAGGUCCACUACGAUCCUGAGAAGGAUGUACAUAUUUACAAAGCACAGAAGACAGACCAGAGGGAGGACUUGUAGUAGGCAUUGUUUUCUAAGAACAAUGUGUCAGUUAAGGUCUUACAAUCAGAAUUCCCAUGUUAAUGUGAUGGCAGACUGCAAGUCUGUCCAACCAGAGCUGCUCAAGGAACAAAGCACUUGUGUUCUUUGCAGACAAAUUCAUACCUUGAGCCAUUGCCAUAACUGUCUGUUACAACAGGCUCACUGCUGAGCAGUAAAUGUACAUGUGAGGUUUGACUGGUGUUCUUUCCUUAGUCAGUGUGCCCACUUGGUAAGCAGUUUCCACUGACAAUCUGAAAAGAGUUGUGUAGAGGUGUCUUUAAACUGGUGAGAUUCAGUCAUAUGUUCUGGGCUGUAUGUUUGUCUCAGUUUCCUUGGCUGCUGGGUGUAACGGGGUUUACUGCAUAUAUUCCUGAAAUGUUUGUGCUGUUGAAGUCUCUUACUUUUUUGUGAGCUAAGGCCUUACUCUAGCCCUGCUGGGACUGAACCGGUGUAGACCAGGCUGACCUCAGACUUGCACUGAUUGUUUUGCCUCUGCCUCUGAAUGCUCGGAUUACACAUGUGUGCCAUGGCAUCUGGCCUACUAUUUAGUUCUUAAGCACCUUGAGAUGAAGAUGAGUUUUCUGGUUCUCAUAAGAUACCUUUUUUACCAGAUUUCAGGGGUAUGUAAGCAAAGAAGUAAAUAAAAAUAAAUUUUUACAUUUAAAAUGUGGGCUGAAAUUUUCUUCCACAAUGCUUUGUUUCAGCUUUGCUGUUUCUCACUGUUAUUGUAUCUGUUUCUUGGGUGGCUUUUUUUCCUGCCUUUUAAUAUGUUAGUUUUUAAACAUUAACUCUCAUUUUUUCAUAAAGGUUAGCUCCCAAGGUACAAACCCUGUAUUGUACCUAUAAUUACUCCUUGGAUCUCAAGAUUCCUGCUGGGUUGCAAGCUGCUGGGAGGCCUCUCUCACUUUCCUUCCCUAGUGUCCAGUAAAAAGCAUAUAACCAAGUGAUCAGGGUAAAUUCCAUUUAGAGGUCACUGAUGUUUUGUGGUGCUGGGAUCAAACCCAAGGUUGUGCACACACUGGGCAAACACUAACCCCGAAUUACUGCAUCUCUAGCCAGUGUUAUUGGCUUUUGAGUUUUCUCUGUGUAGACUUUAGGAAUAAAGUUAUCGAUACAAGCUUUUCUUUAUUAUUAUUAUUAUUAUUAUUAUUAUUAUUAUUAUUAUUAUUUGGCUUUAGAGACCAGGUUUCUCUGUGUAACAGCCCUAACUGUUCUACUAGCUCUGUAGACCAGGCUGGCUUCGAACUCACAGAGAUCCACUUGUCUCUGCCUUCUGAUUGCUGAGAGUAAAGGUGUGAGCCACCACCACCCAGCUACGAGCUUUGCUUUUACAUUAAAGCUUAACUAAAAACUCAAGCAGUUCAAACCAUGGCAUAUUAUGAGCUCACAAUGGCAUUUGAUAAUAGAAAUUUGUUGUAUAGACUAUUCAAGGCCUUAUUUUCUUUCAAUAAAUAUUUUGGAUAUGAAAGUA